AUGCUGUUGCGAGUGCGCGUGGAGGGACGAGAGGCAUGCAUCAUGCACCACGAGACGCUGGCCACGCGAAGGAAGAUUCCUGCUGUUAGCGAGUCUAAUCCGAAGCUACGGACGAAACCAAGCGAACGGGCUAUUUCUGGACGUCGUAUCCGUAGUGAGCAUUUUCUUACCCGGCCGAUCGCCGCUUUUGAGACCAUAUAUCACGAAUCAGAGAUGCACGUACCAAUCGAAUCCGGAAGGCUCUGA